AUGAGGUGGGUCCUGCUGUUGUCGCUGCUAAUGCUGCCUAGGGCGCUGCGCCGGAGCCGCGCAGGGCUCCUCCUGGAGAAGGCCCCGAUCUUCAGACUCAUUCAGCAAGGCCCCUGGCCGAGCGGGCCCAGCAACACCACGAUGGCGCCCUGCGAGGGGCUCCUGGCCGCAGGAACCGAGGUCUUCAGUCCCAUCAACCGCAGUCUGGAGCGCCUGCCCAGCUGCCUACCGCGUUCGCUGCGCAGCCUCGACGGCAGCCACAACCUGCUCCGCGCCCUGAGCGCGCAGGAGCUCGGCCGCCUGCCGGAGCUGCAGGUGCUGACGCUGCGCCACAAUCACAUCGCCUCGCUGCACUGGGGCCCCGGCGGGCCCGCGGGGCUGCACACCCUGGAUCUCAGCUACAACCAGCUGACAGCCCUGCCGCAGUGCGCCGGGCCGGAGCGGAGCCGCCUCCGCGUGCUGACGCUCACGGGGAACCCGCUGCAGGGGCUGCAGCCCGGGGCCUUCUCCUGCUUCCCGGAGCUUCAGCUUCUCAACCUCUCCUCCACCGCGCUGGGCCUCGGCGCCCAAGCGGGCAUCGCGGACGCGGCCUUCACAGGAGCUGGCGGCGCGCCCCUGGCCCAGCUCGAGGUCCUGGACCUGAGCAGCACUUUCCUCACGCAGGUUUCAGGGUGGAUCAGAGACCUGCCGAAGCUUACGUCUCUCUACCUGAGGAAGAUGCCCAGGCUCAGGAGCCUGGAGGGGGACAUUUUCAAGAUGAGCCCUGAACUGCAGCAGCUCGAUUGUCAAGACUCCCCAGCACUUACCUCUGUCCACACGCCCAUCUUUCAAGACACGCCUCACCUGCAGCAACUUCUAUUCCAGAACUGCAACUUGAGCUCCUUCCCACCUUGGACCCUGCAUUCCUCCCAAGUGCUAUCCAUCAACCUCUUCGGCAACCCCCUCACUUGCAGCUGUGAACUGUCUUGGCUCUUUAAGGAUACAAAGACCAUCUUAAGCAGGGCAGCAGAGACUGAGUGCAAACCAGCUAUAGGAUCCAGCGCCACCUUCUCAACCCCACUCUGGCUCUCCCAGCUGCCGGGUGUGUGCCCACUGGACACAGGCAUCACCCUCCCUCAUUCACCCUCUGUCAGCUCCACCCACGCUCCCUAUACCCAGGUUCCCACCGCCCUGGCGGCGGCAGCUUCUACUUCCCAACCUGCCAGAGUCCAUUCUUCCCCUGGAGCUGCGAGGCUACUUGACAGUGUGGGGGAGCUGAUCACGAGCUCCCCCAGCAGCCAGGAAGCAACUUCCAGCAAGGCAAGCACAGCCUGGACAGAACGCCAGGAAAAUGUCGACCUGCUUGUCCUGGAACCUAAUGUCUCAGCAGCCUCCAUCCCCUGGGCCAGCAAACACCUCGGUCUCUUCCCGGCCUCCCGGAACCCAGUGAGCGCACCCCAGCUGGGCCAGAGGACACGGGCAUCUCUGCAGGCUCCGCACGCGAGUCCUACCCAGGGCGAGAUUCCAGUCCUGAUGCUGGAUGACUCCAGUGAGGAGGAGGAGGAGGAGGAGGGGGAGAAGGUGGGAGCAUUGGCCCAGGGUGUCCCCUGCGACUACCACCCCUGUAAGCACCUCCAGACCCCCUGCGGGGAGCUGCAGAGGCGAUCCAAGUGCCUGUGUCCUGGUCUCAGCAGGGAAGACACCCUCCCAGACCCUCCCAAGCUGCAGGGGGUGUCGGAAACCACAGACACCUCAGCGCUGAUCAGCUGGUGUGCCCCCAACUCAGUGGUGCAGGGGUACCAGAUCCACUAUGCUCCCACGGGAUGGCCGGGGAACCAGUCGGUAGUGGGGGACAUCUAUGCCACCGCCCGACAGCACCCCUUGUAUGGGCUCGAGCCAGGCACCACGUACCUGGUGUGCGUGCUGGCUGCCAACAGGGCGGGCCUGAGCCCCUCUGGGGCUGAGGGUUGGGGCGGAGCCUGUGCCACCUUCACCACCAAGCCCAGCUUCGUGCUCAUCUUCGGGGGGCUGUGUGCAGCCAGCGGCCUGCUGCUUGUCAGCACACUGCUGCUGACUGUUUGUCUCUGCCGGAGGAGCCCCUGGUCUCGUCGGCAGCGCUAUGACACGCACCUGGUGGACUACAAAAACCCAGCCUUUGACUACCCGCUAAAGCUCCAGACCUUGAAUUUGCCCUCGAAUCCCUGA